AUGGAAGAUACUGUUAAAUACCUUAAAGAAAAGUUGGAGAUCGAAGAAUCUGAAGUGAAACCACCGGAUGAGAUGAGAAGCUUAAUAGGACAAAGAUGCAAUGAGCAAGACAAAAGAUUCGCGAAUUGGGAGAGUGGCAUCAGAUGUUCAACGGGAACGUGCAUGAGAAUAAAAUGUUUUUAUUGCGGAUCUGGUCACAAUAGCGCUUUGUAUAGGAAACGCAGCGAAAUGAAGAAGCAAAGCGAGAAUUUCAAAAAUGGUGAGAAAGCAAACAUAAACUCAAAGAAAGUGGCGGCCACGGUUGCGGAUGAUAGCAUUCGGGAAGCAAUCAAUGGUAAGCAAAUUGAAUUUAAAACAUCACCAAGUGUGGGAAUGUUAACAGCAGGAAUGGUAGAAACAAGGAAAUAUGAAAACCGAAAGAUAACCUUCGGAGUUCAAACACUGUCCGAGAAUGUGAAGAAUAUCCAAGUACAAAUUGUCGAUUCGAUACUCGAACAGAUACCGUAUGUAAUAAAUAAUGAAAGAGGGCAACUAGCUGAAGGUAAAUGGGGAAAACCAUAUGUAUUAUUAGGUGUGUAA